GCAGACAGGUAGGAACCGCAGACAGGUUUUCUUCGGGCUCCACUAUGACUGAUGGGGAUUAUGACUACCUGAUCAAGCUGCUGGCGCUGGGCGACUCCGGCGUGGGGAAGACCACCUUCCUCUACCGCUACACCGACAACAAGUUCAACCCCAAGUUCAUCACCACUGUGGGCAUCGACUUCAGGGAAAAGCGAGUGGUUUACACGGCUUCAAACCCGAAUGCAACGACAACCGGAAAAACCUUCAAGGUUCACCUGCAGCUCUGGGACACAGCGGACAGGAGAGUUGUGAUUUUGUGCUGCAGGUUCCGCAGCCUGACCACGGCGUUCUUCAGGGACGCCAUGGGCUUCCUGCUGAUGUUCGACCUCACCAGCCAGCAGAGCUUCCUCAACGUCCGCAACUGGAUGAGCCAGCUGCAGGCCAACGCGUACUGCGAGAACCCGGACAUCGUUCUGGUCGGGAACAAGGCGGACCUGGCCGACCAGCGGGAAGUUCAGGAGAAACAGGCCAAGGAGCUGGCCGACAAAUACGGGAUCCCGUACUUUGAGACGAGUGCAGCCACCGGAGCGGAGGUGGACAAGGCGGUGAUCACGCUGCUGGACCUGGUGAUGAAGAGGAUGGAGCAGUGCGUGGACAAACCGCCGGUCGACCCCGCCAACGGGAACGGCGCCGCCAAGCUGGGCGAGGGAACGCCCGACCCCAAAAGAUGCGCAUGUUAGACCCGGAGACGCUGCUCCGUCCUCCGUCCCCCGCCGUUUCCUCCCCGUCUGUCCUCAGCAUGUUACUGUCAUCUUUCAAUCAUUCCUGUGUGCAGCUCUGACAAUAAACGCGCUGCAGCUCCCUCUAGUGGACACCCAGGGCAUCGCAGCCUCCGCCUGUCAGCCUUGAGAAUAAAUUGAACCAGGAGGGGGCGCCGUCAUCGCUGUCAGACGCAAAAUGUGCCUCGCUGAAAACCUGCAGCCUGGGAAUUAAACUCUGCACGCUUCCUGCUUCACCAUUGAUCAGAAUCUGAAAUCCAAUUCAUGGCGUCACAGCAGGAAAAGGUGGAACUUUGAGUCAAAUCUGGGCUGAACGAGUUUAAUGCCAGGCUGUGUGAAUGAAGCAUUUGAUCCUGGACCACACUGAGGAUUAGUGGGACCAAUGUGUUUUAAUUAUAUUUCUUUGUUUCUCGCCGCUCUGUGCUGGACCGGUACCAACCACACAUUAGAGAAGCUUUGUUUUAGUCGUUUACUGAACAUGUGCCAAAUGUGUUUUGUAUUAACGGGCUUUAACUAGGAGUCUUUGACACAAACAUGGAGAGGCUCCAGCAGCGUUUCUCAACAUAAAACUGUUUGUGAUGUCUUUUUGUGACCAGUUUGUUUUAUUUUUUUUAUUAAUCUAAGCUUUUUUAGCUAAUAUAUGGGAGUAUUUCAGCUUCAGCCAAAACAAAGUGCCCAGUAAAAACAUAAUAUUCAGUUUAAUUUUAAAAUAAAUGAAAAUAGAAACAUAACUUGACCUGAAAUUGUAGUAAAAAAUGAUACAAGGUCAGCUAACCACCACUAGCUGUUGAAUUGCUUGUAGAAACUGGUACAGAUUAGCUUCGCAGUUAGCUUCUGUAGCUGCUAGCAUGAUGCUAAUGUAACAACUGGAGCUCAAGAUUUUGUUAAGAUAGUUUGAGUCAUAUUUCUUGCUUUACUUCUUGCUCUGUGAACAUUUGUUUGUUCUCGCUAACUUCACUGACAUGAUGAAGCUAACCUAGCUUAACCUACAAUGUUUUGCUUGUGAAACGGUAAAAACGUUACAAUGUCUCUUAAAACUGUUUACCAGUUUAAGAUGAGACGGUAAUCACGUUUCUACAGUUAGCAGUGAUAUUUGUCAACGGUUCAUCAAAACCAAAAUCUUUAAUUUUCACAGGUUUUCCACACUUUUAAGAUCCACUGCAACUAAACUCUUUUUCUUUGUUGUAAUAAGUAUGUUAUUAUUGUGGAGAUCCACCACAAAUGGUCGUACAAAAUUAAACGAUCUAUAUUAACGUUUGUUUACUUUUUUUAAACAACAGAUACAAAAGACUCAUUAGCUAAUGUAGCAUUGAUGCUAGCCAGUUAGCUUUCAUAACUGCUAGCAAGAUGCUAAACAGUAGCUCAUUUUCAUUUUAACUGAAAAAUAAACUUCAGGUUUUGUUGUAUUUUCAUUUGGUCUAUUCCCGAUCAAGUUAAGUUAGCUAAAGAUAGGCUAACUUAGCUUAGCCACCGAGCAUUUGUUUUAGUACGACAUAAAAUUAAUUAGUAUUGGCAUUGUUUUGUCAUCUGUAUGCUUUAAAGCUACAGUUCAUUUUCAGCACAAAAAACUGACGUUUAAAGCGAAUUAAGUUCAUUUAGCAUAAUUGUACCUAAUAUAGCUUCACACAGUUAGCUUCAAGAAUAUUUUAAUGUAACAUCGGCUCAAGGUUCUGCUCAGUUGGGUGACUUCAUAUUUUUUAUGCAAUUCUAUGUAUAUUUUAUUCUUUAUCUGCCUCAGUAGUUUAUAUCAUUCAUAGUCAUGCUAGCUUAGCAGAGCCAGCUUUUUUUUUACGCAAACAUCAGAGCAUAGAUGAAAUUAAUUAAACCUACAUUGUUUGAUUCUCCAUAUGGUGUAAAAAUGUGUUUAAACUGGAUGUUCAUCACAGCUAUUAAUACAAAAUAAUAAAUGCUCAGUUAGCCUGUCGUUUGUUUUUGUCUGCCAUUUUGCAUUUUUGUUUUUUUCAUAUCCGACUUUCUCAAGUACAAACUGUCCUGUAGACGCCGGGUUGUUCUGCACUGACAGAUUUUUAUGACGGGUUAUUAAUUUAAAAAAAUAGUUAAAAACAUAAGUUCAUCGUUUAGUUAAAUGGCUUUGCUAGCAGCUACAUGGUGAUGCAUUUCUAGCUAAUGGUUGAAUGAAUUUCCAGAGGAACAACUGACCCGGAUUGCUUUAAUUAACAACAAUAAAUAUUAUUUGACAGCAAACAAAAUCAUUCUACAGUAUUUAUUUACUAAUGAAGCAUUGUUGCUAAGCUGGUAGCCUUCAUAUCUGCUAGCAGGAUGCUAACAGCAGUGACUCAAGGUUUUUGAAGAAAUGGAAGAAAUCAGUUGUGGUAUUUUUAUUUUUUUGUAUGUGUCUAUUUUUUUGUUUAAUAUCUUUCUAGUUUCUGUAUCAUCACAGAAAACAAUAAUUUACUAAAAGUGAAUUCAACUUACCUGAGCUAGCUUAUUAGUUUAUCCAAAAACAUGACAGAACGUUAGCAUGGUUUAGCCUCUUGUCAUGUUUCUUUAUUUUUUUUGAAACAGAAACUCAAAGAAAACUUAUCAUACUAGGCAUUGUUUGAUGUUUUGUGUUUUGACAUAACAAAAUAUUAUUGUGCACAUUAUAACAAUGUUUUGUAUCUGCAUUUAAUUUAUUGACCCAAACUGCCAGUAGAAUUUGCAGAUUUUGGAUGAUUUUUGGGUUCAAUCUCACUUUUUAAAACAGAUGGAUUAAGUUGCUUUGUGUUGAUUUUCACCCAAAAAUCAAACAUAAUUUUUUUUCUUGUUUUAAAUUACUAACAUGUCCUUCUUAUAAAUUUAUUCAUAUCAUCAUUUUACCACCAUUGUGCUUCAUUGUUGACUUAUUUACUACACUUUCUAAAACUUAUGCUUGUUUUAUUGUUUUUAACAAUUAGCUGUGAAUGGAAGAUUGCAAAAAAAAAAAAAAAAAAAAAAAAAAAAAACCUAAUUUUAUGGAAUACCUCAUGUGCCAAGAAUGGUUUGUCUGACCUGUGUUGGAGAAAUGGACACUAAUCUGCAUAUUAAUAAUGAAAAUACAGAAUUAUUUCAGUCAUUCAGAAAUGAGCUCCAAACUGAACAAGUCUGGAUUAACUCUGUUAUAUUUCAUUAAACAUUAAAUCAUUUUAAAGCUCCAUAAAUAAUUACAUAUAUGUUUGUUUCCUUGCAUGAUCAGUUCUGACAUCAAUGUUUUGUCAUCAUGACAAUCUUCCAUGCGGUUAGUUGUCGUUUAUUUUUUAAAGCUAGCGUUAGCUUAAUGCUUUAUGUUUGAGUUUGUUGUUUGUGUUACUUCUCAACGCGUCUGUCCAGCAUCAUCUUGAUCUUCAUGUUGUGCCUGUUGGAUCUGAGGUUUUUGUCGGCUGCUGAAUGUGAAUUUAGCGGGUCAGAAGUCCCUGAAGUGGGUUUUAUUUUUGGAAACGUCUCUGUGAGUUUCUCUGAUGCCUGCAGUUUAAACUCGUUUGUUGCGUUAUCGCUGUGAGUAUCGAUGCCUGUAUGUUGAGCAUGUUUGACACAAUGAGAACGACAUGAGAUGCUUUGUGUUUCUGGUGCCAGAGCUGAAAUAAAUCGGUUGGUUUUAUCCUCAGAACUGUUA